UCAACAAUCCACAAACUCAAGGAACAGUUUUCGGCAAAGUGAGGUUAGGUUGCAUUUGUUUUCAAAACCUCUCGGGUUGCCGCUGUUGCUAACCACGUCAACGAAAUCAAUAAUUUUUCCAGAGUUCAAUUAUUUCGACAUUAAACUUUUAAUUUAAAAAACUUAAUAAUAAACAAUUAAAGGUAUACAUCAACACUUUGUAAUCGUUCUACAAAUAAAAAGUGUAUAUUAUAAACGGAAGAUUUAGAGGUUAUCUGAAUCCACAAAACAACUUUUUAGUAUAGCUUCUUUUUUUAUAAUUUAAUAAAGUACCUUACAAAUACAUCUGGUUAAAAAUGAAAAUCUCUGUGUUAAUGUUGGACAAGGAACUACUUUCUGAUUAAUUUACACCGUAAACCAGGAUAUGGUGUUGAAUUACAUCACAAAUUUUUACACGUGCAUCAAGUGUAAAAGCUACUCUCCAAUAAUGAAACGUACGACCUCCUGGCAAAAAAAUCUCUACGAAAAUCGCAGUUUGCCGGAUAAUUACACCGACGAAUCUUUUCUCGAAGAAUUACGCAAAAACAUCAAGCCCAAUAAUGUGAAAACAGGACAAGCAAUAUCUCUAGGAGCCAGUAUUUCAAUUCAACUCAGCAUUGUAGUUUUAUUCGUUAUAAUGUUUAUCUGGCUAAAUAACGAGUGGACAACUCCAAGAACGAUUUUUGUUUCUAGCACUUUUUUCACAGUGCUCGGAUACUUUCUCUACACUCUCAGCGUUCCCAAUUUCGGGGAGAAACUAUCGAAAGAUUUGAGAACAGCUUUGAUAUUUUUUGCUUUUGGAUAUAUCUUGUCGCCAGUUUUAAAAACACUGACCGAAACUGUGAGCACAGACACGAUUUACGCGAUGACAAUUUUCAUGUUCCUGCUCCAUUUAAUAUUCGGAAAAUAUGGUUCACCACAAAUUUCUCUCCCAGAUUCGCUCUCAAUCACUUCCUCAAUUUUUGGAUCUUUAAUGCUCGCCUCAAGACUUGCAACUUCUCUUCACGCUUUUGCUCUGCUCACAGUUGCAGUGCAGUGUUUCGUUUUGCUUCCAUUUAUUCUCUGGAAAACCAAAGACAAGGUUGUAAUUUCAAUCCCCUUAGCCUCGACAACUCUUUAUUUUCUGUCCCAAAUUUCCCUCACGAUAUUUUACGUUUUCGUUGCUGCAACUCUUCUCAUUCAUUUUAUUUGUCCACUCUGGUAUAUCAGGUGGCAAAAAUACAAGGAGAAUAUUUAUGGACCUUGGGACGAGGCCGUAAUAUCUUCUUGACUAAGAGCUCAGAAUUUAGAUCUAAAAC